UACUACAGAGGAACCUCAAUAAUGCUAACUGAAACUUUGUAACUCCACUUCCUCUUGUGGCUCGAUAUUCAGAAACGCCAUCAGCUUUUCACACUCAGUGUUGGUUUCACAGGCUCUCAGCACUGUGCACAGAAAUGGAUAACAGUGCUCAAGGAGGUAAAGCAUAUGGCCUUUUCAAGGCUCAACAGGAAGAAAAACUGAAUUCUAUCAAUGAGGCUUUUCUCAUAGAUCCACAGUAUGCAGAAGAGGAAGACCUUAGUUCAAAGCUUGAAAUGUUUAAACAGAAAUACAUGGAGUUUGAUCUUAACGACAAAGGAGAAAUAGAUAUAAUGGGGUUAAAACGAAUGCUGGAAAAACUCGGAUUGGCCAAGACUCACUUAGAGCUGAAAAAGAUGAUGACAGAAGUGAUUGGAGGGACAUCAAAAGAUACUAUCAGCUACAAUGACUUCCUGAAUAUGAUGCUGGGAAAAAGAAACGCAAUUCUGAAACUGAUCUUGAUGUUUGAAGGCAAGGGAAAGGAGCAGGAGCCAAAAGAAGUUGGACCACCUCCUCGCAAAACCUUUUCAGACCUGCCUUGAAAGAGCUCUCUAUCCCAGCAGGGAAUGCCUGUCAAUAUGAUUUUUUUUUUCAGAUUUAAACAUCACCGAAAUGCUUUCAAAUUCAUGUCAAAAGCGAAAAAAACAUCAAACAUAUUGUAAAAUGUGCAAUUUUUAUGAAGUAAUGGAAUCUACAUGAAAUUGUUUGUGCACUCUUGUCUUGUGUGAUUAUGACCACAGUACAGGUUUCCCACAUUAUGGACAACCAAAUGCUUUGUAAGUGAGCCUACUUACUCUAUAUGAUGCUGCUUUAGCUGCUUAGUUAAAUACAAAACAGCCUAAUUAUGUAUGCAAUCUACAUGGGAGUGGCCAUUACCAUGUCAGACAAAAUACCACAAUAUUGCUAUAAAAAAACAUAGGACCAUCACUGUGUCUUUUGGCCUAAGUGUAGGCCAACAUUUUGCAACAUAUGAGUCAACGUUUGAACAUUUUUUAGGAAUACACCUUGGCCUACACAAGGAAACCAUCAUAGUUUUGCUGGAAAUUCAUUAAAAAGUGAAUGGAAAGAAAUUUGUAUUUUUCUCCUGUUCUUACGUCAAUAAACAUUUUAUGCACAUUA